AACCUUGAUUAAAUAAACUUAUUAAAAAGACAAUGCAAUGAACAUUGAACAACCCUCCUAAAACAGCAAAAGUCAUCUUCACUCCAUUUCUCCCCCUUUUCCUUUAUUUCAAAAUAUUCCAUCUAUACUAUAAUUAUCUUUUUCUUCUACUAAUGGCAGCGGUCCUCUUCCAAUAUGGACUACAACAUUUAGUCCUCCCUUCUUAGGCACUCGUGUUGUCACACCAUAAACAUCACAAUCAAAAGUUAAUGUUUCAAAAUAUCAGACUGAAACGUUUAACUAGCAAUCUGUUUAUACGAAUAGGUCAUAUAAAAUUAGUAACCUUAUUACAAAAAGGAUUAUUCUUAUUCUUCAUUUUAAUCUCAUUUGAACCUUCAUCUUACAUCAACAAAAUAGAAAAAACAUCCAUGGUUGAAUUUAGAAUUCUAGAUUGAUACAAGUAAUAUUAUAAGAAGUCAAUAAAUUCAAGAUUUAUCUAGAAAGUCAAUUUUCAACUCCCAUACAAAUCCGAUAAAGUCAAUCCUCCAAUUCUCAUAAUAAAUCACUCGCAUCACUACCGUCGAUUAAACACAAAAAAGCCGCCUACCAAAAUCUUCCUCCCUUAUUACGUCAUCACAUGCCAAAGCAAAGACUCCCUUGGACCCCACUUUCUUCCUUCCCACGACAACUCCUACCCCCAUUUAUAUACUUUAAUUUUUGUAAGUAACACUUAAAAUUUUAACCCAAAUGAAGACCCGCCCUUGUUGCACUACCAACAACCUUUACACUCAAUCACAUGGAAUCCCAAUCUUCCAGCUUCUAAUUAUUUCAUUACUGUUAAUUCUUCUUUCGAUACCGACACGUGCGGUGGAUGCGCAACAAUCGUCAAAUUCACCAAAUGGCGAUUAUAAUGGGUUGGAUAAUAGUAGAGUAAGCCCAUCCAUGGCUUUGAUCGUGAUUGUGUUAGUCCUUGGGUUUUUCAUCACGGGAUGUAUUUCCAUCUAUAUCCAACAAUGUUCCAGUACGGGCGAUACGACCACUAUCGCCCGAAACGGUAAUUUGGUAAGAAUUAACCAGCGGGGACUUGAUCGAUCCGUGAUCGACACGUUCCCGACUUUUUUAUACUCCGAUGUAAAGGAGUUGAAGAUCGGUAAAGGUUCCCUCGAAUGCGCGGUUUGUCUUAACGAGUUCGAAAAGGAUGAAACGCUUCGUUUGCUACCGAAAUGUGAUCAUGUCUUUCAUCCUGAGUGUAUUGAUGCUUGGCUUAUUGCUCAUACUACUUGCCCUGUUUGUCGAGCUGACCUUGUUCCUGACACAUUACCCGAGUCGUCGAGUGAGGAUCUUCAUCACUCGACGCAGGGUGAGUCAGGAACGACAAGUUAUGAAGUUGAGGUUACGGUUCUACCUAUGCCACCGAAGGGGAGAGUGCCGAGAUCGCACUCAACGGGUCACUCAUUGGUUCGAUCGAGUGAGGAUCAUGAGCGGUUUACGCUGAGGUUACCGGAUGAGAUUCGGAAGCAGUUGAUGGUGGCUCGGCCGAAGCUGAACCGGUCAGCUAGCUUGGUGGUUUUGCCUCGGGUGUCGAGUUCACGACGAGGGUAUCGAAAUGGUGGAGGAGAAGGUAGUGGAAGUAGUCGAUAUGGACGGUUUUUCGGGCGUUCGUUUAAGUGGACAUCGAAAAAUAAUGGUGGUGACGGAGAUUCAGGUUCGGGGUCUAAGAGGUUUUUUGGUACGGUUGUAACACCGGUAGAGGGUUUGCCUCGGCUUCCUGUUUGAGUGUUAGAAUUUAGACCCCCUUUCAUAAUUCAAUAAUUGUAUAUUAUAAUUUGUUUAUUUAUUUUAUUAUAGGGCUAUUUAAUUUCCCAAAUUACAUUAGUUAACCCAUUUCUUUCAUGGUGAGGUGUAAAUUUAAUCUUUAUAGAAUUUGAUCAUUGUCCAUGUCGUCAUUGGGACAAAUGAGUUAUUAGGAAUUGUUGUAUAUACUACCAUGUUAGAAACUUAGAAUAAUGUACAAUGAGUGUGCAUCAAACUACUCCUUUAUAAUUUGAGUAAAUUAUAUGAUAACACAAGUUUUAAUUUUGUGAAUUGUAUACUUCCAUAA